UUUUGAUUUUUAGAGUGGUUGGAAUUUUUUUUUUUUUUUAAUUGUGUUUUUGAGGAGGUGGGAGGUGUUUAGAAAAGGAUGUGGGGAUGGAAGGGGUAGAUGAGUCAACCCUCUUACAAGAUUCCAAGGGUGGCGCGUUACCUUUUCGUGUGUGGAGUUCAGGGGUUCGGGAGGUUUGGCUUUUAUUCCCACAUUCAAAGUUGGAACCUCCCCCCCAUUAAGAAUGGAGUUUUAGUAUCCACUUGUGGCAGGAAUCCUGGGGGGAAGGGGCCCUUUUCCCGUUUUCUUUUCCUUUUUCCCCCCCUUCUUAUUUUAUGUUCUUAACUUUUAUUUUUGGCAACCCACACCCUUCCGCACACUCUCACCCAAAAAUCAAACACCCAAGAUCCUCUAAUUUAUCCGGAUUGACUGAUGAAGACAUAAAGCUAGUUACGCUCUGUGUUUUUUGAGGUGGAGUGAGUGGUUUUUCUUCAUUAUUUUUUUUUAAUGGCCAAAUGACAGCUUGACCCAGUUUGCUUUCCAAUCAAAGGGCAUUUUUUUUUUUUUUUUGAAUGUCUCUUUGUGGCACAAGAGCCAACGCAAAAAUGAUGGCGGCUUACAAUGGCGGUACAUCUGCGGCAGCAGCAGGCCACCACCACCACCAUCACCACCAUCUUCCACACCUCCCUCCUCCUCACCUUCACCACCACCACCACCCUCAACACCACCUUCAUCCGGGGUCGGCUGCCGCUGUACACCCCGUACAACAGCAUACGUCUUCGGCAGCUGCGGCGGCCGCCGCGGCAGCUGCAGCCGCAGCCAUGUUAAACCCUGGGCAACAACAGCCAUAUUUCCCAUCACCGGCACCGGGUCAGGCUCCUGGACCAGCUGCAGCAGCCCCAGCUCAGGUACAGGCUGCUGCAGCUGCCACGGUUAAGGCUCACCAUCAUCAGCACUCGCAUCAUCCACAACAGCAGCUGGACAUGGAACCGGAUAGACCUAUUGGAUACGGAGCCUUUGGUGUUGUCUGGUCAGUAACAGACCCAAGAGAUGGAAAGAGAGUAGCACUCAAAAAGAUGCCCAACGUCUUCCAGAAUCUGGUCUCUUGCAAAAGAGUCUUCCGGGAAUUGAAGAUGUUGUGUUUUUUUAAACAUGAUAAUGUACUCUCUGCCCUUGACAUUCUCCAACCUCCACACAUUGACUAUUUUGAAGAAAUAUACGUUGUCACAGAAUUGAUGCAGAGUGACCUACAUAAAAUUAUCGUCUCUCCUCAGCCACUCAGCUCAGAUCAUGUCAAAGUUUUUCUUUAUCAGAUUUUACGAGGUUUGAAAUAUCUCCAUUCAGCUGGCAUUUUACACCGAGACAUUAAGCCAGGGAAUCUCCUUGUGAACAGCAACUGUGUUCUGAAGAUUUGUGAUUUUGGAUUGGCCAGAGUGGAAGAAUUAGAUGAAUCCCGUCAUAUGACUCAGGAAGUCGUUACUCAGUAUUACCGGGCUCCGGAGAUCCUGAUGGGCAGCCGGCAUUACAGCAACGCUAUUGACAUCUGGUCUGUCGGGUGCAUCUUUGCAGAACUACUGGGCCGAAGAAUAUUGUUUCAGGCACAGAGUCCCAUUCAGCAGUUGGAUUUGAUCACAGAUCUGUUGGGCACGCCAUCACUGGAAGCAAUGAGGACAGCUUGUGAAGGUGCUAAGGCACACAUACUCAGGGGUCCUCAUAAACAGCCAUCUCUUCCUGUACUCUACACCCUGUCCAGUCAGGCCACACAUGAGGCUGUUCACCUCCUUUGCAGGAUGUUGGUCUUUGAUCCAUCGAAAAGAAUAUCCGCUAAGGAUGCCUUAGCCCACCCCUACCUAGAUGAAGGGCGGCUGAGAUACCACACGUGUAUGUGCAAGUGCUGCUUUUCCACCGCGACGGGAAGAGUCUAUACCAGUGACUUUGAGCCUGUCACUAACCCCAAGUUCGAUGACACCUUUGAGAAGAACCUCAGCUCGGUUAGACAGGUUAAAGAAAUCAUCCACCAGUUCAUUCUGGAGCAGCAGAAGGGAAGCAGAGUGCCCCUGUGCAUCAACCCGCAGUCCGCGGCCUUCAAGAGCUUCAUUAGUUCUACCGUCGCUCAGCCGUCUGAGAUGCCACCGUCUCCUCUGGUGUGGGAGUGACAGUGGAAGACACUGUACUACUGAAGAUGUAAUGUAGCUUUCACUGGAGUCUGGGAUUUGCAAAUUCUGGAGGGUUAAUCAUGCCUGUACUGUAAUUUUACUAAUGAAGUUUUAAAUUAACAACCACUACUUGUAUGAUAUGAAUAAUAUUUAGAAAUGUUACUAGACUUUUAAUCUUGUAAAGUGGUUGUGCUUUUAGAAGAAAAAAAAAAUAUUUUACCCAGAGUUGCACAUGAUUAAAGAAUUCAGUGCAGCUGUUAUGGCUCACCUCAGAACAAACGCGAAUUGAACCAAAUUUGGUCGUUUGGGGUUUAUGUUGUUUCUUUUCUUUUUAUCUUUCUUUUUUUUUUUUUUUUCCUUAAU